CUCGUUCCAUAGUUCAAAACCUUCGUUCAAUUCAAGCAAAUAAUAGCACCCAAAAAAAAAAACACUCACAAUUUCACAUGCAUAUAAAAGUGCUGCCCUAGACACUCAAAACCCUACGUACGUCAACAUCUGGGAAAAAUAAAAAUGGCGAAAAGGAGCAAUAUCUCACACACACUAUUGAGUAGUAUGUAUGUUUUUUUGUGCGUGGUUGGGUUUUCGGAGUGUUCGAGCAUAAGCACGUUCCUCUACAGCGGGUGCACGCAGCAACGGUACACUCCCAACUCGCCCUACGAGUGGAAUAUCAACUCGUUACUCACCUCGCUGGUGAACUCGGCGACUUACUCUGCUUAUAACAACUUCACGGUCGUGGGGUCCACUCAGCAGGACGCGGUGUACGGGCUCUACCAGUGCCGCGGCGACCUCGCCAUGCCGGACUGCGCCGCCUGCGUGGCCCGAGCCGUCACGCGCGCCGGCGACAUCUGCCGCGGCACGUGCGGCGGCGCGGUGCAGCUCGACGGCUGCUUCGUGAAGUACGACAACGCCACGUUCCUCGGCGCGGCGGACAAGACGGUGGUGCUGAAGAAGUGCGGGCCGUCGGUCGGGUACAACCCCGACGCCAUGGGGAGCCGCGACGCCGUGCUCGCCGGACUCGCCGCCGCCGGUGGGAACUUUCGCGUCGGUGGGUCCGGUGGGGUACACGGCGUGGCGCAGUGCACCGGCGACCUGAGCUACGGCGAGUGCCAGGACUGCGUGGCGGAGGCGAUCUCGCGCCUGAAGAGCGAUUGCGGCACAGCGGAUUACGGUGACAUGUUUCUCGGGAAGUGUUACGCGAGGUACUCCGUUGGUGGGGCCCACGAUGAGUCCAAGGCCCACGACAAAUCGAAUCAUGGAGGUGUAAAGACAUUUUCUAUAAUUAUUGGAUCAUUAGCGGGAGUGGCUAUACUUAUUAUUUUCUUUGCUUUCAUGAGCAAGAUUUGUGGGCGACAGGGUAAAUAAAUUAAAUUAAGCUUGAGAUUCAAAGUGGCAUGAGCACAUGUCGAUCAGUUUUCACUAGUUGCCCUCCCAAUCUCCUGUAUUGGUUUGCUUUUGUGCCUCUUUUACUUUUUUCUUUUAUUUUUCUUUCUUUAUUUUACUUACUCUUUUUUUGUUUCAAAUUUAAAAUUCAAUUCGAAAGAGAACUUUGAACCUUGAGGAGGAUACCAUAUGAAAAAAAAGAAUGUACAAUGAACAUUUGUAUUUGAAAUUUUGAAUAAAAGUUUGUGCUGUCUAAUGUCUCA